AUGGAAUACACACUUAAUGAUGCUCUUGACCUGGCUGCAAAGCUAGAUGAUGCCAUUCGCAACUCAGAGGCCAUUAACAGGCUGCAAGAUGAUGGACUCCGGCGCAGGCUACGGGAAGCAAGCCGGAAGCUGAGUAUCGCGCCACUCCAACUUGCCUUGGCUCGCAUUGGUGUAGAAAGGGGGAUAUUUGACUUGCUCUCCAAAGGAGACAUACUUACUAGCGCCGAUCUGGCGACUCAGACUCAGAUCGAUCCGGUGCUCUGCCGGCGCCUAUUACGCUACUGGCAGUCUCAAGACAUGAUUUCGCAGCCGAAUAAUGACGCUUAUAAGGCGAACAACGUCACCAAAGCUCUUUCUAGUGCUAGUGGAAGCUCUGGAAUAAGCUAUUUCCACGAGAUGAUCUCUCAGUCUUUUUGGGCUCUGCCCAAAUUCAUUCGAGAAACCGGUUAUCAAAACCCCGAAGAUCCCAACAAAUGUUCUUGGCAUUUUGGUCAUAACACAGAUUUGAAUCCCUUUCCAUGGCUCCGAGCCAACCCGGAACACAUGCAAUACUUUCUGCCUUGGAUGGCAACCCAACGGGAAGGCUUGCCAAUUUUUCUCGAUACGAUGAACGUAAAUGACGAGUUUUGGAAGAAGGCCAACGAUUCGACUCCCUUAUUCGUUGACGUUGGUGGUGCCUUGGGCCACCAAUGUAUCGCGGUACGAAAGCGUUAUCAGGAUCUUCAAGGCCGGGUUAUUCUUCAAGAACAAGGGUUUAUCAUUGACCAAGUCGAGUCUCACCCUCUUCCCGAAUUCAAGAAUGUUGAAACCAUGAGAUACGACUUCUUCACGCCGCAGCCUAUCCAAGGGGCACGCAUCUAUUAUUUCCGAAAUAUUUUCCAUGAUUGGCCAGACAACAAGUGUAUAGAGAUCCUGGAGAAUCUCAAAGGCGCGAUGAAAGAAGACUCCGUACUUUUCAUUGAUGAGAUGGUCCUCCCUGAGAAAGGUGCGCCUUGGAGAGCCACGCAGCUGGACAUGGCUAUGAUGACAUGUCUCGCUGCUAAAGAGCGCACCGCCAUCGAAUGGGAAGCACUUCUAAAUAAGGGAGAUUUCAAGGUACAAAGGAUUUGUAAAUAUACCGAUGAGUGCGAGGAUUGUAUCAUCGUCGCAACUCCUAAGUCUGGGGCUGAAAACCGCCUUGCAACACUGUCUUGA